AUGCUAUCGGACGCAAUCUCAAUUCUCACCCCUAGGAACAUAUAUACACGCGAGCUUGUCUUGGCUUUAUCCCAUAAAUUGGAGACUACUGGACCCCAGCACCACGUUAAGGUGCAAGCUCAUCGCUGGGGCGGGAGUUCAUUAUCUUGCGAAUGGAGUGCUGAUACCGGCAAGAUCUUGCGGAAGCGAGAUCUGUCCAAAUCGAGCUUCUCAUUUUCGGGGGUCAUGAGAUAUUCGGAUCCCCAACUCUCCAGGGCAGACUCGCUUUCCGCCAUGUUCAGUGCCAUGACCUUGGUGCUAGGGCCAGCCUUCCACGAACUGUACGACAACUCGGAGAUCCUGUCUCGAAAGGAUGGAAGCAGCCUCACGGAUCUCCGACCCCCCUUCCCAGCGUUUCGAAAACCGUUGUCUACUUGGGCGAACGAGAUUCCGCCUGGUGAGGCCAACGAGGACAAAUUGAACCCGCGAUGA